CUGCUGGAUCACACUCGCAGAAGCGAGACCUCCGGAUCGGGAUCGGCUCCCAAACAAAGAUCACUUCGAAACUGUUCGGAAGAAAACAAGAGGUCGGCAGCGAACGGAACUGGUGGAUUGGACUGAGUGGACAUGUGGCUACUGGAGAAGCUACGCAACAAAAUGGAGAGCAGUGGGACACAAUCUCAGCCCCCGCAGACCACUGAGGCCAUUCCUGUUUCUGUAUACGCGAAUGUUCUCACUCCUGAAAAGAUUCCAGAUUUUUUCAUUCCCCCCAAACUCAUCUGCUGCCCACCGGAGGAGUCGCCAACCCCGAAGCCUCAGCACUGCUCUGCCUUGCGACCGUCCUCUUCCGAUCACGCCAUCUGCGUCCAGAGCCCCAGAGCUCGCAGCAGCAAAAACCCCUGCAGCCCUCGGCUCUUUUCCCGUUUCGGGGGGGACACACGAAACCUGCAAAAGUCAGCCAACCGUCAUAUCAUUCAGAUUGAAAGCGCAGACGAACCUGCCACCGGGACAUCGGACACCAACACGAACGCAGAUCCUCAGUCGCAGACCGCUAUGUCUCUGCCUUAUGUCCCCAAGGCCCAAACCUCCUAUGGCUUUUCCACCCUGAUGGAGUCUCCCCAUACCCGGCGCAAGGAAAGCUUGUUCCACAGUGACCCCAGCAGCCCUCUCACCACCCCAAAAUCCCAGAGGCGUUCCCAAGGGGGGACUCAUCUGGCCCCGGCCGACACAAACCCCUACCGCUACUUCAGUGGUGGAGAGACUGACACCUGCUCGUCAGCGGACUCGUCCCCAUUUAACUCUCCUCUGCUAUCCCGCUCGGCUUCUCUCCUGAGAUCCAUCACACAGGAGACGCAAGCCAAGGUAUCUCGUGCCAAGCGCUCCCUGGCCCGCCACAGCUCUCUCUCCACGGAUGAUUGCAGCUCUGCCGACAACAGCCCCAACAUGCAACGCCGCCGCAUGCGUUGUCCUAGCUCUCCCGCUCUCCGCAAGUGCAAGAGCGGCGGGUUCAGGGGUGUGACGGCCGACCCCCUGCAGCGUGAGCAUACUGUCAAUCUACACAAGGGCGGGAGGCUCAGACUUAGCACGCACUACGACCCGGAGGCGGCACGCUUGAGGGUUCGCGUGCUAGCGGCAGAGGCCAUCUACGGCAAGCAGACAGAUGUUAAAAGCAUCAACUGCUGUGUGGCGCUGUAUCUGAAACCCGGCAAGAAGCAGAAACAAAGAAGCACCAUUAUAAAGAACAGCCGGAAUCCCGUUUUCAACGAAGACUUUUUUUUCGACUCGUUGCCUAAGGCGCAAGUCAAAGGUCUGGCCAUGAAGAUAAAGGUAGUGAACAAGGGAACCAGUCUGAAGAGAGACAUGCUUCUUGGAGAGCGAGAAGUGCUGCUCAGUGAGCUGCUCACAGGCCUGUAGGGAAUCCCUGUCACGACUUUGGUGGGAAAACAAGCAGCCCUUCUUCUUCAGAGCCCUUCCUUUCCUGACUUCACUCCACUUCACAGAUCUGAUAAAUACCGGCCCGGUGAAAGGAAUCCUGGGGGCAUUGUAUCUUGCACUCAAAAGCCAUACCAAAACGAGCAGCUUACAGUACCGUCAUGUUAACAAGUACCACCAGUAACUCCAAUUUUCCUUGUGUGAAUGUAUUACUAGAGUUGACAUUUUAAAAAUGUGGAACCUUGUUUGUGUAUUCAUGAGUUACACAAUGUAUCCUUGUUUUAAUGAUUUCUACUGGUGUAGUCUACAUGGGAUCUGUAUUCCUGUAAUAAUGGCUCAUGAUGAUGUGUGACCAAUCUAUGCCGCCCAAAAUGAAAAAUGCCCUCAUUUUGUUUAUAUUUGACUUCAUAUUUGGUAAUGUAUUUGCUACUGAAUGUAAUGCCCCUCGGGCUGCUGAGAUUUGAUGUUAAAUCAUAAA